AUGGCGUAUAUUAUAUUGACUCUUUUAAUUGGGAUAGUUCUUGGUGUUAUUUCGGUAGCCUCAAACCCUUCCCCGUAUUUCGCUGCUUUAGGACUAGUCUUAGUAGCAGGCGUAGGGUGUGUGGUGUUAAUAGGGCACGGAGGGUCUUUCUUGUCCCUUGUGCUUUUCUUAAUUUAUCUUGGGGGUAUGCUUGUUGUAUUUGCUUAUUGUGCAGCUUUGGCUGCAGAGCCUUAUCCUGAAGCUUGGGGGGAGUGAUCGGUAUUAGGAUCUGUGUUAGGUUAUUUACUAUUAGUUGUAGGUGCAGGCUCUUGAUUUUGGGGAGGGUGAUAUGAGGGGAUGUGGGUGCCUGUAGAUGAGUUAAUUGAAUUUUCUGUUGUGGCUGCAGAUUCGGGUGGUGUAGCUUUAAUAUAUUCUUUGGGCGGGGGACUACUUGUAGUAAGUGCCUGAGUUCUCCUAUUAACACUUUUAGUAGUACUAGAAUUAACUCGGGGCCUGGCCCGGGGAGCGCUGCGUGCCGUUAGG